AUGAUACUCACAGAAGAGAAGAAUAUGCCCUCCAGAACUCGAGCCGACUCAACAACUGCCAAAUUUGCUGCUCAUGAUCCAGAGAGACUGUCAGUGUCCGUAGGAGAUGUCAGCGACCUCAAUGUUCAUUCACAAACAGUCCGUCGACACUUCAGUAUACUGAACAUCGUCGCGUUAAGCUUCAACAUCUGUAACAGCUGGGUAGCCAUAGCCUCCAGCUUAGCUAUCGCUAUAUCAGCUGGCGGAACGGCGACGCUGAUCUAUGGUAUACCUCUAGCUACCAUUGCUUAUGCAGCUACAGGAGCGUCUCUCGCCGAGAUGGCUUCAUGCUAUCCUACUGCUGGUGGCCAAUAUCACUUCACGUCCAUCUUCGCCCCUAAACGGCUAAGUCGUGGCCUCUCAUAUACAUGCGGCUCGAUUGCCAUGUUCUCUUGGAUCGCUCUUGGUGCUGCUGCUACUAUUCUCGCUGCUCAGAUGCUUUUGGCUUUGGUGUUGUAUUAUGAACCGAGUUAUGCACCCCAAGCCUGGCACUAUUUUCUGGUCUAUCAAGCCAUCAACGUCGUUUUCCUCUUGUAUAAUCUCUUCGCCCUCGCCAAGACGCCCUGGGUACACAAUGUCGGAUUACUUCUCACAUUGACCGCUUUCAUCAUCGUCACUAUUACAUGCCUCGUACGCUCGGAGAAACAAUCUGCAGAAUACGUCUGGGCGACGAUGGAAAGUAACACUGGUUGGCCUGCCGGCGUGACCUUUCUCUCAGGCUUCGCAACACCUUGCUUCAUGUUUGCCGGGCUAGACGCUUCCCUCCAUCUGGCAGAGGAAUGUACUGAGCCUGAGAAGACGGUACCAAAGGCUCUUUGCACGACGGUGGUCAUUGGCUUUGUCACUGCCUUUGUGUUCACUAUUGCCAUGUGCUAUGGUAUCACAGACCUGGAUUCUCUGGUAGCAACUACUAUGCCCAUCUACGAGCUUUGGCGUCAAGCGACGAAUAGCUCUGCCGCAGCGACAGCUUUCCUCGUCGCUCUCCUCGCUAUCGUCUGCUUCGUCAUCAAUGCCGUCCAACAGACCUCCUCUCACCUCAUCUGGGCGUUUGGCCGCGACAAUGGUCUUCUAUUCUCCAAACACCUUGCUCAAAUGCAUCUCGGCUUGGAAGUUGCUGUCUGGGCACUUCUGGCAAAUGCAGCUGUGGUGUUUAUCGCAGGAUGCAUCUAUCUCGCCUCCACUACUGCGUUCAAUGCGCUAAUUAACACAGCUAUUGUUCUGCAAAUGAUUUCUUUCGCUAUGCCUUGCCUGCUAUUGAUGUGCAGGGGAAGAAGCGAACAACUACUUGCCAAGGACCGAUGGUUUCGUCUUCCUAAUUGGCUGGGGUGGACAUGCAAUGCUAUCGUUGUUGUCUUUGCUAUCAUUGAACUUGUCUUCUUUGACUUACCGACUGCCAUUCCGACUACUGGAUCCAGUAUGAAUUACACUUGCGCUGUUUUGGCUACUAUGGCUGUAUUCAGUGGUAUCAACUGGUUUGUGUGUGCGAAAAAGCAUUACAGAGGCCCGAGGAUGGAUCUUGGCUCACAAUAA